AUGUCUACCCAGCCUACCUCCUUCUCAAACUUCAACAUCACAAGUGGUCGUCUCGCUUUCGGAGGUCUGCACAACCUCUGGCAAACUUCACAAUCUCCCCAUACCCGCAAGGAAACAGAGCACGCAGAAUACAAAGAGUUUGGACGUUACAGCAUCCCUGCACGACUUGGUUCUUGGAACGCAUACCAGCUUCAAUGGCUGAAGACGUCAAUUCCCGGCGCAUGGUUCGCCUGUCACAUUGACGAAGAUCCAAACGCAAGUUUGCGCAAGAUUCUCCGAGUAGCCGGAUCACCAUACCAACGCGAUCCGGGGCAACAGUCCAACAAUGAUGAAACCAGAGCAGAAGGUGUCUACCUCAUCAACAGAUACGAUUGGUGCUACUACGAUGAGACUUGCCAGUCAGACAUCAUUGCCAUGUCUGGCGAUUAUGACGCCAAGUCCAUGUUCUACGACGACUGCAUCGGCAUCAUUGACCAAGAACAUACAGAAACACAGGUCAAAAUAUGGGCAUGCCAAGAUCCAAGACAGCGACAGCCGUCACCAAACGGUGUCUGGAUGCACACUCCCGGCUCAGAAUACAACUUUGGCAGAAUCCUCUUCGACAACAACUUCAGCGAAGCCCGUGCCUUUCUCCUCUUCCACACAACCACCGAAUUUGAGCAAAUCAACUUCCCUGGCAUGCAAGAACCCAUCAUCAAACACGAAUCAGACGAGGAAUGGUUCCUCAGAAUCGUCUCCGAAGGCCGUGACUUAUCUGGCAUCCAAAAGAUCCACGACUUUUACAAACCUCUUCCCAAUGGUCUAAACCACAUGGCAAAAAGCACCAUCACUCCGCCCCCUGAGGACGAACGCCUCGGACCGUUCGACCCCAAACAUUACAUCCUGGACACGCACGACCUGCAAGCCCUGCUGAUACACUCCGCGCGACCUAGGAAGAUCCCCGCAGAAAAUUCAAUCGAUGAGUUCUACACACAGCCUGCGAUGUAUCCACCGCGUAUUCCUGAGCAGUGGCGCACACAUGUCCUUGAGCUUCUGAAUGAGCUUGUUCUGACGUAUUUGUAUACUCAUGCCCUUCCUUUCCGGUCCUGCAAGUCGAUAGACGAAAUUGAGAAGAUCACGUUUGACCGAAAAGCCGUGAUGGGGAAUCCUCAUAGUGAUAAUUUGGAGAGCCAUCUCCUUGCUUAUUUUUGCGAGCCACGGACUCUACAGGUGCGGGAUUUGAAUCUGGGGGCUUUGGGGGUUCGUAUUAGAGCGUUUCUAGAGGCUUUUGCGGGGGACGAGCCUGUUGCUUUUGAUGAUGAGUGCAUGUUGGGUUUUGCAACGGCGGUUCCCAAGUUGGUGAUUGACUUGUUGAGAAACGCGCCGGGUCUUCCUGGCGUGGGACAUAUUGUCCCCGAGGGUAUUAGGUUGACGGUUUACUUUGAUGAUGCGCUCUUGGGGGCGGUAUGUCGUUCGUCCUUUUUCUGGAGUGGAGGGCCAUAA